AUGGAGCAACGGAGCUACAUUUGUUUAAAUUGUCAGAAUCCGCUUAGGCUGGAGUUCGCACAACGAAGACCAGAUUCUGCGGAUUCUGAGAAAAAGAGCGAAACAGUGAUCACAGAAGCAUUGACAGGACACUCUCGGAAUCUCAUGAAGCUCAUCUCAGAUGCACAAUUUCCAUCGGAUGCUCCAGUUUGCAAUGACUGCUCUGACGCUCUCGUAAAAGAAAUGGAUGCUCAAGUGACGACGUUGGAUGAUGAAGUAAAAACAUACCAAACAUAUAUAACUUAUUUGAAAGAGAAUCAUCCGACAACGGCCAUUCCUGAGCUGAAAGCGAAAUUACAAAAUGUGGCAGAUGAGGAGAGAGAUUUGGAGCUACAACUGAAAAAACUGUUGUGUGAAGAAGAGGCGAUUGACACAGAACUUCAGACGAAGAGACGGGCGGCCGAAGCGUCGUCGGAAACAUCUACAGAAUUAUGGAAGAAGUACAGAGAUAAUUUGAGACAAGUAUUCGAUGAUCAAGAUGAGUUACAUUCACUGGAAUCAGAACGACAAUAUGCAGAAGUUCAGCAUAGAAAACUCAUCGACACCAACGUUCUCGAUUUGUGUUUCCACAUUUGGGUCGAUGGAAUCGUCGGAGAAAUUAACGGAUUCCGAUUGGGAUAUUUGAAAGAAGCUCCUGUUGAAUUCACUGAAAUCAAUGCAGCACUUGGACAAAUUGUUCUGUUGUUAGAGAUCCUGUUGGAGCGUAUCGGCGUCCAACAUCAUGAACUGGUGCCCGUCGCCAUGGGUAGUCACUCCUACAUUAAGCUUCGACGCAACGGCAAUGACAUUGAGAAUUACGCGUUGUAUGGUCAAGGCACUCCACUCUCCGGAUCGUCUGGUAUCGAUGCUGGAAUUCGACGAUUUUUGCAAUUGCUCGAGUUUUUGCUCAAAGAACUCAAAGAUCGAAAUAAAAACUUCAAGCCGCCAUAUCAAAUCCAUGCUGAGUCUCUUGUUGACAAUGGUGUCAAGUACAACGCAGUCAUGACUCUCAAUACUGAUGUUCGCUGGAGUAGAGCGAUGGCUCUGAUGCUCACAGACAUGAAGGCCGCUUGUGCUCAAUGUGAUGCUCUCAGAGCUCCAAUUUGA